AUGCUACGCCUGCGGCCCUGGUUAGGGCUCGUCAAGCCCACAAUACCGCUAUCGACAUUAAUAGCAUCACGCGCAUUUACUCAAACCCCCCUCCUCCCAGAAAAGCCGCUCCCCGCGCGCCUCAAGCUCAACGAUGCCGACCUGACAGUAUCCUACCUCAAGGGCACCGGCCCCGGCGGGCAGAAGAUUAACAAAACCAAUUCCGCCGUCCAGAUCAGCCAUAAACCCUCUGGCAUUGUCAUCAAGUGUCAGGCCACGCGCUCGCGCUCGCAGAACGAAAAGAUAGCGCGCUCGCUAUUAGCAGACCGGGUCGAGGCGCGUGAGAAGGGGGAUAAGAGUCGCGUUGCGCUGAAGGCGGCGGCGGCGAAGAAGAAGAAGGCUAGUAAGGUUAAGAAGGCGAAGAGGAAGUAUCGGGCUCUGGAGAACGGGGAGGAAGGUGUGGCUGAGGAUCUCGAGGAUGGAUAUGAAGAUGGAGUUGAGGAUGAAUUGGAAGGCGAAGGUGGCAAGGAAGAAGUGAAGAAGGUUGGUGAGGUGUCUCAGGGCUCGUCUGGGGCUUAA